AUCUUUCUCUCUCAAGUCUUAAAUAGAAAAUUAUAAUUUAGGAUAUAAUAAGAUGAAUCUGUCUCUCUCUAGGAUUUAUGGGUUUAUUUAUUAUGGUUUGUAUAAAUGUUAAUCUCCAUCUCUCUCUCUCUCUAAAAACUUGACGGUUUUGUCUCUUGAGAAGUUAGAGCUGAGAGUAAAAAGCGCAGAAGAAAAAACCCAAAUGGGCAAAUGGGGGAAAGAGCUACUGCAACUUCCUCUGCAGCUUCUGCUUCUGCUUCUGCUGCUUUGUACUCUACUUGUCCAGUAGCGGUGUCGUUUUCAGCUCAUUAUCCCCUGCUCCCAAUGUCUCCUCUCUCACCUGCAUUGUGAAUGUGAUCUCUCUUCGAUCCAACUUACUCACUCUACAUUCAGAAAACAUAAAUUUUGAGUCAAUCAGAUGGAGCAAUAUGAAGUUCUAGAGCAAAUUGGGAAAGGGGCUUUUGGUUCUGCACUUCUUGUCAGGCAUAAGCAUGAAAAGAAGAAGUAUGUGUUGAAAAAGAUUCGGCUUGCUCGCCAGACUGAUAGAUCACGGAGAUCUGCGCACCAGGAGAUGGAGCUCAUUUCUAAAUUACGAAAUCCAUUUAUUGUGGAGUACAAGGAUUCUUGGGUGGAAAAGGGUUGCUAUGUGUGCAUUAUUAUAGGUUAUUGCGCAGGAGGAGACAUGGCAGAAGCUAUAAAAAAAGCCAAUGGUCUUCUUUUCCCUGAAGAGAAGCUCUGUAAGUGGCUUGUUCAACUUCUAAUGGCGCUCGACUAUUUGCACUUGAAUCACAUUCUUCAUCGUGAUGUCAAGUGUUCUAAUAUAUUCUUGACAAAAGAUCAAGAUAUACGUCUUGGUGACUUUGGACUUGCCAAAAUGUUGACUUCAGAUGAUCUUGCCUCUUCAGUUGUGGGAACUCCUAGCUAUAUGUGUCCUGAGCUUCUUGCGGAUAUACCUUAUGGUUCAAAAUCAGAUAUUUGGUCUUUGGGAUGCUGCAUCUAUGAAAUGACUUCUCAUAAGGCCGCAUUUAAAGCAUUUGAUAUACAAGCACUGAUUAACAAAAUUAACAGGUCCAUUGUUGCUCCCCUUCCCACAAAGUACUCUGCUGCAUUCCGAGGCCUUAUUAAAAGCAUGCUUCGGAAAAACCCAGAACUCAGGCCAAGUGCUGCAGAGCUGCUUGGUCAUCCACACCUUCAGCCUUAUGUUCACAAAGUUCAUCUCAAAAUCAAUAUCCCCAGACAUGGAACUUUAGCAGUAAAUUGGGCUGAUCCCGGUUAUUUGAAGAAAACAAGAUUCGCAGAGCCAGAAGAUGCUCGUUUCUUCACAUACCAGGAUAAGCGGCAUACGUUAAGCAAUGAUAGGACUUUGAAUCCUAGUAUAUCUGGAGGUGAGCAAGAUUCACUGUGCUCUACCCAAGAAAUGCAUGACAAGCCAAAUUAUCUGAAACAACAAUUGGCAGGACUGUCUGCUGGUAGAACCUUUAGAAAAGCAGCCAUAUCCAAGCAGCCAAUUGCUUCCAAAACUUCAAAUAUUGUUAAGACUCGAGCUCCAGCUAAAGCUUCUGCUACUCCCAAGAGAUGGAUGGAGCCAAAGAAUCGCUCAUCGCUUCCUGUUUCAUGCACUUCGAAAAAAGCAGUAAGUACAACUCGCAGAGCAUCAUUGCCAUUACCAACAAGUGCUGCAACUCACCAAUCCCCCUUCCGGCCCAAUAUUGGUGUCCUUCACUGUAUUAAAUCUCCUGAUGUUUCUGUCAAUUCCCCUCGAAUUGACAGAAUAGCUGAAUUUCCAUUAGCCUCAUAUGAAGAACAAUUAUAUGAAGAACAGUUUUUGCCUAUCCAUAGAAGAACUUCAUCACACUCUGUGCAAGGCUCGUCUGGUUCCCCGCAAUCUGAUGACCGUUCAAUCAUGAAGGACAAAUGUACAGUUCAGACAUGUGAAAGAGCGUCUCGCAAACUUAGUUUCACUGGUGCGUGGCAGGGAAUUCAAUCCAGCAUGUUCCAAGCUGAACGAGACGAUCAAAGUGAUGAAUGUUCUGAUCAAAAUGCGACUGCUGGAGCGUCAAGCCGGACAUCAUCAGACACACGUCGCAGGCGGUUUGACACCAAAUCAUUCCAGCAAAGGGCUGAAGCUUUAGAAGGGCUGCUUGAAUUUAGUGCGAGGUUGCUCCAACAUCAAAGAUAUGAUGAGCUUGGGGUGUUGCUGAAGCCUUUUGGGCCAGGUAAGGUCUCCCCUAGGGAAACUGCUAUUUGGCUGACUAAGAGCAUCAAGGAAAAUACUGUCAAGCACGAUGAUUAGUUCCAAUGAGCAGUUAACACGUGUAAUAUAUUUCAGACUCCAAUAUUUUUUGUAGUUUACGAGUUUCUGUAAUCAUUCUUCUCAAGAGGAAUUAGGCACCUAGGUAGAUACUGAUUUUGCAGUUCAUGAUCUGAGAAGAGGAAUGGUUAUCACCUUGGAUUCAACUUAGUUUGAAACUGUGAUGGGUUAAUAGAAUAUUUCUCAAUAUUGCGUAACAUCAA